AUGGAAUCGCAUGCCAAGGAACACAGUGCGUGUAAAGAGGAGGCUUCUGAUCAGCAAGUCGCAGAUGCGUCGAUUAAGGUAGAAGAGGUGCGUCUUGAAUGUUCCCGAUGUAAAAUGACAUGUUCCUACAGUACAUUGCUUCACGAACAUUUAGUUUCAGAGCAUAAAUUCCCUGAACCUCAUAGGCGUGAUGAAUGUGGGGCAUUUUUUGCACUUUGUUGGCCUUUAAUAGACAUCCGGAACAUUCACUCAAAGCAACCAACUAUUCAACGCGAUCAAAGUUCCAAAAUUGAUCCAGAAACAUCUUCUUUGCAGUCACAUAAGAGUAGAAGCGGUUUACAAGAUCCCCCUCACCUCCGAGAUGAAUUCGAAUAUGAAGUAGAUCCUGGUCGAGAAUACGGUGGUCGCAGUGGUCGUUCUUUUCGUCAACAUGGAUCAAGAGAAAGGCGUCGCGAGUGUUCUCGUGCUCGUAGUCCGGUCUCAGCCAUCCCUCCCAGGCAGUCUUUGAAUGUCCCAGAAUCCUCAUCACGUUCGAGAAGAAAGGCAGCAACAAGGGAUUCAAAAGGACGUGGAGGCGGAGGAGGAGGUGGUGGUGGAAAGAAG